CUUGAUUCAACUCGUCUAUUGGCAAACAUUCGAUUCUCACUUACAUAGGCGAGCUUCAGUCUUUAAUUUUCCAAAAUGUCGUCCAAAAUCCUAUGCGUCAUCUUUGGCGCUUCGGGAAUGCAGGGAGGUUCUGUCAUCAGGUCAAUUCUGGCAUCUCCUCAGGCUUUGGAGAGAAUUCGCAUCCGAGGCGUAUGCCGCGAUCUAAAUAAGCCUGCCGCAAGACAUCUGAAAUCACUCGGCGUAGAGGUCGUUGCCGGCAACCUAUCGUCAGAGAGCGAUAUGAGAAGAGUUCUUACUGGAGCGAGUCUUGUUUACCUGGUAACAGCUUAUUCUGGCAAUUCAAGCAAUAAAGAAAUCGAAAUUGAGCAAGGUCAAAAUGUCGCCAGAUUGUCAAAGGAACUUGGAAUUGAACAUCUGAUCUUCAGCACUCUUUUACAUGUUAAAGAAAUUACUUCUGGAAAAAUUCAGCAAGCCCAAGAAUUCGACAGCAAAGCAGAGGUCGAAAAGUUUAUCCGUCAACUCGGAAUACCCGCCACUUUUAUUAUACCAGGAUUCUACAUGAGCUUAUUCGUUCCUGGCAAGCUUCUAGUGAGAUCAAAACAAGACCCAGGCAUACUAGAGCUCGUAUUGCCAGUUUCGACGAACUCGACCAAGUUUCCUCUCGUUGACAUGAACAAGGACUUUGGGAAUUUUGUCGUGGCAGCCUUGCUAAACAGAGAUUCGUUCCUCGGCAAACAGGUUUACGCCGCCGAAGCAUAUUAUACACUUGACGAAAUUGCAGCUGUGGUGAACAGAUUCGAGCCCAUCCACGGAUUCAAAUGCGUGACUAGAGAAAUCAAUGAUCGGGAAUUUCUAGAUCAAGGGUCCAUCGCAGGGAAAGACGCUUAUAUAAGACAGGUCGAGGAUUUGGACAUGUACAGAUUCAUGCGAGAACCGGGAUACUACCUGGAUGAAGAUCUUAAUCAGAACCAGGGUAUUGUUAUAGAACCUUUGAGCUCAUUCGAGGAGUUUGUCAAGAACAGCAGCCUAUUCUCAAAAAGUCCUAAUAGAGCUUAUAAUUAGAUAUUUGCACGCAAGAUAGACUAUGCAGCUUUAUAUACAUCUCAAAGAAAUGCAUCAC